AACACAUUUUUCCCUAGAGCUACAGUUCUGCAGCAAGUUGGGAUCCAAAUGUUAUUAUAUUUGCACUGAUCAAAGGUCAUUCUUUAACACAAUACCAAACUAAACAGAAGAAAAAUAUUUUGGAUAAAACUCACAGUUGUCUUGGCAAACAUAACAGAGUAGGAGUGAUGGGGAAGGAAGAAAUGGAGGCGUAUGAAAAGGUACGUCAGACAAUGAUCACGGAGGAUGUAUAUGAGAGAAAGGGCGGAGUGGCCUUCGAUCUAACUUUCCUCACUGCGGAAUCAGCACUAAAGCUGCCAACCAGGCCUCCUAGCCGACUGACCAGUGACAAAAAAGAGGAUUUUGAAAAGUGGAGAGAAAACCAAGAGAAGACACAGGCCAAAAAACAAGAGCGGGCCCAGCAGAAAAGAGAAGAGGCCAUCGUGCAGAAAAAAAUUGAAUGCGCCCACAAGGAAAUGGAGCGACUUGAAAAAUAUGCCAACAUCAGUGAUUAAUUUUGUAAAUAUGAAGUGGCAUAAAAUUUACUCCUGGCAGAACAUUUGAUGUAGAUGGUCUGGCGAAAAAUAGACUGGCAUAGCAUAAACCCAAAGCAUAUUACAAUCAUGCAUUUCUAAACCAUAAACCUUUUGGCCCCGGAGAGAGGACACCAGAGCUCUUUUCCCUCUGCUCUUUUUGGCUGUUAAUUUACUCUAUUCUUUUUUA